UGUUAUAGAAACCUCUCUUACGCAAUCAAUUCCUCAAAACCCAUGCCCUGCAAACCAGGCACUGUAACUAAGGGGAAAGAAAAACCCUAAUUUUCUUUCUAGUUGAACCUUGAUUUCUUACGAGGUUGAGCCGAUUUUCUUACAUGAUAUGGUAGAUACUUCAUUGUCGAAAAAGAAAGAUCCAGAUCAGCCGGAGAUUAGCUUGCCCACGCUCAAAUCACAGCGCACCAAAAUGGGCAAAUCCGAAGACAGUGAAAAGAAGGAAUAUCUUAUUGUUGUAUUUUUUAUGAUUCCGGUGCAGAAGAAGAUCAAAGAUGUUGAAAUAAGUGUUCCUAUCGUAUAUGGUAAUGCUGCAUUUUGGCUUGGUAAAAAGGCAAGCGAGUAUCAAUCGCACAAAUGGACCGUGUAUGUUCGUGGGGCAACGAAUGAGGAUCUUAGUGUGGUUGUAAAGCGGGCUGUUUUUCAGUUGCAUUCCAGUUUCAAUAACCCAACAAGGGUUGUGGAGUCUGCUCCAUUUGAGUUAUCAGAAUCAGGGUGGGGCGAAUUUGAGAUUGCCAUUACACUAUUCUUCCAUAAUGAUGUUUGUGAGAAGCCCUUGAACUUAUAUCAUCAUCUGAAGUUAUACCCAGAAGAUGAAUCUGGCCCCAUGUCAACUAAAAAACCUGUUGUUGUGGAAUCCUAUGAUGAGGUUGUAUUCACAGAACCGUCAGAGAGUUUUUUAGCUCGUGUGCAGAAUCAUCCUGCAGUAACCUUCCCCAGGUUACCAGCUGGUGUUACUUUACCACCCCCAGUAUCAAUUGAAGAUGAAAGUAAAAAGAAGAGAGGUGACACUAAGGACCAUCCCCUAAGCCAGUGGUUCUUGAAUUUCUCUGAAGCAGAUGAGCUAUUACAACUUGCAGCUGCUCGUCAGCAGGUACAAGCUCAUAUUGCUAAGCUCAGACGACAAAUUAGCUUGACCGACGGGCAGAAUCAACAGUUCAAACCACUCUGAAUUGUGAAUUUACAGUAGUCCUGGAAAUUUUGAGACUUCCACUUCCAGUUUAAAUUGAUUUCGCGGCAAAGGCACGUGAUGGCAUAGUAAUGUAACUGAGAUAUGUAUUUUCUAAGACUUUGCUGAGCUUUGUCUUGUUUUCUUCCUUUUCAUGGCUUUUGAGCUCUGUACUAAUAAAAGCAUGGCAAAAGGAACAGUAUCUACUAUUUCUUUCUUUAAUAGAAGGUAAAUUCACUAAUUGAAAAACACCAGUUUCUUCCUA